AUGUAUACUUUUAGAUUCUUAUUAUUACUACUUAACUAUCAUACAGCUAAUAUGAGACGAAUCUGUAUUUGUGCUUUGUUGUUCAUUCAUUUACUUGAAUUUCCUGCAUUAUGUUUUGAUAUUGUCACGAUACCAGAUGAAGAUCUCCUUUAUUUAAAUGAACGAUUGCAAUUACACGAACAUAUGAGUCGUGAAGAUGCAUUAAACUCCAUUCUUGAAUUAGAAAAUUAUUAUACAGGACUGAAAAAUAACUUAAAUGGUUCACCAUCAGAAAUGGUUGAUAAAGCGUGGCAUGCACAUAUAUUAAAUACAAAAAUGUAUUUUCGCUUCUCUCAAGCAGCAUUUGGCCGAUAUCUUCAUCAUUUACCAUUUUGGUCUGGCAAUACGGAAGAGGCAGCACAGUUUUAUGAUGCUAUCUCAAUGUUUAAAAGAUUGAAUGCAUUAGGUGUUGAGAAUAUGAAUGAAACUGUUUGGACGUAUCAAUAUUGA